UUCGAAGGUGACCGGUGAUGUGUCGGCCCAUCAAUCAUCACAUGGCAGCUUUCCCAUCACUGCUACCCGCAUCUCUCGCAUCUCUCACAUCUCACAUUUUCCCGGCGUGCGCUUCUUGGGCUACGAGAUACCAGAUAGCAUUCAUAGUGUUACAGGCCUUAAUCAUCGUAAUGAACUUACAGAUGACAUAUCACUUUACUUGACCGUGACUCUUCGAAUUCUGGGCGUGUGAGGCACCAUGUUGCUUUAAAACCUAAAUUGAUUAAUACAGGAUCCUCUUUCGUUGAACAGUUUCCUACCCCCCUCAGCAUUUCGAACAUCUCGAGUCAAGCUGUGAUACUCAUAAGCUCCUGAACUAGGAGACCAUGGUCAACAUCACUUAUGAUGCAUCUGGAUCCAUCGUAUGGCAGGAUCCUGACACAGGAAAAAUCUUCGUCUACAACCCUGGGGACAUCGCAUGGACUUUAGCCUCAACAGCAUUGGUGUUCAUAAUGAUUCCCGGCCUUGGAUAUUUUUAUUCUGGCCUACUACGGCGGAAAAAUGCACUCUCGAUGAUUUAUCUGAGUGUAAUGACUAUAGCAGUCGUUUCAUUUCAGUGGUUCUUCUGGGGCUUCUCUUUGACAUUCAGUGACACUGGUAGUGCGUUCAUUGGAGACUUACGGUAUUUCGGCCUCAAAGGAGUCCUCGAAAAGCCAUCCAUUGGCAGCGCUCGCAUCCCAAGCAUUGUUUUCUGCAUUUAUCAACUGAUGUUUGCAGCCAUUACGCCGAUGCUGGCAAUCGGAGGGUUCGCAGAUCGCGCUCACCUGGGUCCUUUACUUGCGUUCGUCUUCGCAUGGUCGACCCUGGUGUACGAUCCCAUUGCUUGUUGGACUUGGAAUUCGAACGGAUGGAGUUUUGCCCAUGGUUCAUACGACUUUGCGGGAGGAACCCCGGUGCAUAUUUCCUCGGGGAGCGCCGCUCUCGCGAUCUCGAUCUAUCUCGGCAAACGUCGAGGCUAUGGCACAGAAGCACUAGCGUACAAGCCACAUAAUACUACUUUCGUGGUUCUGGGCACUCUUGCCUUGAACAUUACGGGCACAAAAGGUGGUUCUGCACUUUCAGCCAAUCUGAGGGCAGCUCAAGCUUCUAUCGUGACGAAUUUGGCCGCCAGUGUUGGGGGUUUGACUUGGAUGCUCUGGGAUUAUCGAAUCGAACGAAAAUGGUCUGCGGUUGGUUUCUGUUCUGGAGCUAUCGCUGGCCUGGUCGCAAUCACUCCAGGUUCAGGCUUCGUCGGAUCUCCUGCUGCUGUUCUCUUUGGUUUCAUGGCUGGCACUAUAUGCAAUUUUGCUACCCAGCUUAAGUUCGUUUUUGGGUACGAUGAUUCUUUGGAUGUCUUCGCAUCUCACGCCAUCGGUGGAAUCGUUGGUAACAUUCUCACUGCGCUAUUCGCUCAAGCGAGCGUGGCGGGAUUCGACGGUUUCACUGUCAUCCCAGGUGGAUGGCUAGACAGACACUGGAUCCAGUUAGCAUGGCACGUUGCCGACUCGUGUGCUGGAGUUUCCUAUUCGUUCACUAUGACCACAAUCAUAUUAUGGAUAAUGCAUUACAUUCCUGGUCUUAGAAUUCGCGUUCCCGAGGGUGUCGAAAUUGUUGGAAUUGACGAGUCGGAUAUGGGCGAGUUCGCGUAUGAUUAUGUCGCAAUGGAGCCUGAGCUGAAGGGGGUGAGCUAUGUCUCUUCCGUCGUCAGAAGAGAAAGCGAUCCCGAAUCACUUAUGAAAGAGAGGCACAGCUCAGCUAGUGGUAGUAACCAUUAGUUUAUCGUUAUACAUGAGGAUAUUUAUUCACUGAUUAUGAAUUUUCACAUUCGUUUUUGCAUCUUGAUUCUUUGUAGUCAUGCCACCACUACAUACAUAUGUUUGUAAGUUGCCACUGUGGACGCUACCAAUUAAUUGCUUGUUUUAGGAGGGGUGAAGAAAAUACAGUUUUAUUAUACAUGUGUAUGUGGAAGGGAAGACAACAAGUUCGAUUUGAAUAGAAACAC